GAGGUUUCUGGCUCGUGAACAAACUGCAAAGCUGGAAACAGAUGGUAGAUAUUACGAUAUCGGGUAAACAGCUUACAGAAAUUAAAUCUGAGAAUAUUAGUCGGGAGAACAGACAUUUGAAAAUGUGUAUGGAGCGUGGUCGCCUUCCCAGGGAUUACGUCAUUAAAGAAAACCGGCUCUCGGCUCUCCCAGAAGCUAUCAAACGCUAACAGCUCCUCUGCGGGGGCUGAGGCACUGUGCCCAUCUCUCCCUUUCCGUGCUGAGAUUUUUGUCUGCCUUGAGCUUGCUUUCGCACCACUGUGAGUUCGUACAUGCCCCGCUGCGUCAGGAAAACGCGGUUUCCUUGGUGAUGCCCGCUCUCUCUGGCUCUUAUGUUCUUCUGUCCUCUUCUGCGGAGACCCGUGAACUGUUGGAGGAGGCGAUGCGAUUCAGAUGUCCCAGGCACCCACGCACUGCAGUGUUACAGCUACGAGCACACCUACUUCGGGCCCUUCGACCUCAGCGCCAUCAAGCUCCCCAGUGUCUCUUGUCCUCAAGGGUGCUCUGAGGUGGUCUUGACGCUGGAUACCGGUUACCGCAGCCUGGUGACAAUGGUCCGAAAAGGAUGCUGGACGGGCCCCACUACCGGCCCCAUGCAGACCAACCAGGAUGCUCUGCCUCCCGACUACGCGGUGGUCCGCGGUUGUGCUACUGACUACUGCAACAGCGACCUCAAGACUCACGAUGCCCUUCCCAACCUGAGCCAAGCGCCUAACCCACCGACGCUCAGUGGCACCGAGUGCUAUGCCUGCUUAGGGACUCACCCUGAAGACUGUUCCCCUGAGAAGUCCCGACGGGUCCAGUGCCACCAGGACCAGAGCGCCUGUUUUCAGGGCAACGGCCGGAUGACCAUUGGCAACUUCUCGGUGCCUGUGUACAUCCGAACCUGCCACCGGCCCUCUUGCACCACCAUGGGCACCACCAGCCCCUGGACGUCCAUCGACCUGCAGGGCUACUGCUGCGAGGGCCACCUCUGCAACAAGGCCUCGGUGACACAGACCCUCCCUGGUGCCACGUCCUCUGCCCUUCCCCGGGCUCCCGGAAUCCUGACCCUGGUGAUCACUGCUCCGCUACUGGCCAUCACUCUGGGGGUGUCUCUCGGGCUCCCUGCAUAGACAGUGCCUCCAGUUCGCUCUGCUUCUCAUGGCUCCAGCACCUGGUGAGGGCUCCUUUUAAAAAUGCCGUGAAAAUAAGCCACACUCCCUGUCCCUCCAGUCACUACCUUCCACCCCACUCUCUGUCCCUCCUUACUGCCACCAGCCCCGCCUCCUGACGGCCCAUCAUUGGUGCAUUGAAUGAGGUCCAACCAGCUUUCAAUAGUGCCAUCCCCUGGUCACCAAGCCUUCAAUACAUGAGCCUUUUGUGACCCCUCACAGCAAAACAUGCCACUCACCUUAAAAACCCACUUCUAGCAAGGAUAGUGGUAACCCCAGCCUGUUGACCCAGCACCCAGGAGGCUGAAGCAGGAGGACUGCUACUUCAAGGCCAAGCUGGACUACAUUACAAGUUCAAGUCAUUGCAAGUUCAAGUCCACCCUGAACUACAGUGUGAGACCUUUUCAGGCACCACCUUUAAUCUCAGCACCACAGAGGCAGAGGCAGGUCUGAGCUUGAGUUCAACCUGGUCUUGAGUUCCAGUAAAGCUAAGACUACAUAGUGAGGCUAUUUCAAACAAAAGAAAGAAACAAAGAAACAAAGAAGAGGAAGGAAAGGGAAAACACCCCCACCCCACCCCACCCCACCCCACCCCACCCCACUCCACCCCUGCCCUUUUCUGUGUUUCUCUAAAGCAGAGUUGAAAUCCAUAAUACAACUCUGCAGUCCCUCUUGGGUCUAUCACCACGACAGAAAUUGGUCCAUAUGCUCCCCCACACUAUAUAGACUAGUAGGGCAGUUCAUAGUAGCUACAAACUGGAAAUGACCCAAAUAAAUAUGAACAGUCAAAUAGGAUGAGAAGACUGUGAUCUAACCACAAAAUGGAGUACUAUGCAACAGUGAAAAAUGGCAACUGACAGUUACCUCCAGUGUCUGUGAAAGAAUCUCACAAAAAACAGUGUUGUGCAAAAUAAUAAAGACACAUAAUAGAGCAGGUUAUAUGACUUCAUUCAAACAACGUAUGGAGGUUGCUAAGAGCUAGUAUUUGCAAUUAGAAGAGAGAAGAGUGACUGUCUUUGGGAACAAGUAACCAGAAGAGGAAAUAUGGGUGUCGGGGGGUCUAGAUGUUGAGUUAUGGGAUCUAAGAACUUACUGAUCCAGUUCCCCCCCCCAUUAAUCUUUUUGUUGCUGUUUUCUUUUGUUUUGAAAGAAACAUGUAGCCCAGGCUAGCCUCAAACUCGUUGGUAUAACUUAGGAUCAUACGGUACUCCUGAUCCCUUCACCUAUUGCCAAUUGCUGGGAUUGCAUGUGGGAUCCAUCACGCCUGUCUUUUCUCAUCUUCCCACAGGAAUGUUAUUUGCAAUAAAAGGUUUUAAAAGUG